UAAUUAUUUAGAACAGGCGGAAAGCAAUAACAGACGUAAACUGAUAAAAUUUAAAAAAAAUUACAAAAAGUAGUUGAUAUUGAAUGUAGAUAUUCUCCUACUAAUAUAAAAUUAAUAUAUUUUUGUUUUUGUUCAAAGUGAAUUGAUGUACUCCUUGAAUAGUGUGAUAAGUCAAGUGUUUACAGUGUAAAUCUUAAAGUAAUGAAAAAAUGAAUAAUAGUUCGGAUUACAUAUACUGGUCCGAGCCGCAUUGCUCGAAGGAUGCUCUUACCGAUACAUAUGGGUGGUUCAUGCAAAUUAUUUUGGCAGUUUUAGCAUUUACCUGUUUAAUAGGUAAGAGAUUUUGUGAACCACGUUUCGCCAGAAGGCCAUGGCUGAUAUGGUUUUACGACACAUCAAAACAAGGCUUAGGAGCUCUUAUAAUUCAUGCAGCAAAUGUUUGGCUCUCACCACAUCUUACCGGAAACCCAUGCACAUGGUACAUUGUAAACUUUAUGUUGGAUUCAACUUUAGGAUUAUUGAUAAUAUGGGCGGGAAUCAGAUUAGCUCAGUACUGUGCAAGAAUUUAUGACAUACCAUUGAUAAAUUUUGGUGAAUAUGGUAAACCUCCAAUGUGCUCCGCGUGGAUAUGCCAGUGUAUAUUAUACGCGGCUCUAGCAACAUUUGCCAAGUCUGUCCUGGCGCUGGUGUUGCGCCUCCCGCCUGUGGUAGCGGUGCUGUCCACGUUGAGACUGUCUCCGGUGUCCGAUCCGCGCCUGGAGCUAGCUGUCGUUAUGCUUAUAAUACCAUUCUUUGUUAAUAUAUUAAUAUUCUGGGUGACAGAUAACUUCCUAAUGUAUCAUCCCAGAGGAGUCAGUACUAAAAUUAAAACGAAGGUGAGAUACCAAUCGAUAAAGAAAGAGAAGUCUGGUUCGGAAGAGGACGAGCACUCGGACGACGAGCGGCUGCUCGGCGCUAGCGUAUGACAAAACAGGAAGCCCACAACGCAACGGGCUGUGGUAUCGUAAUCUCUUAGUAAUAGUAACGUUUAGAAUACCGACCGACUGCUAGUUCCGUAAGUUCAGAAUUGUUUUCAUUAAUAAAGGUAUAAAGAGAUUGUUCCGAUCGCGAAAACGGGAUAAACCAUUAGACUAAAGAAACUUAAAAGAGUUCGUAUUCAAAU